CUGAGGAAGUAAUGAAUAAAAGUGGGCUAACCUCGGACCUUGUGCGGCUGAAGGCUGGCCCUGGUCAGCUCUGCAGUGGCCUGGCUGCUGCAGGUGUGGCUUUGAUCUAAGUGUCAAUAUUUACAGGUCGAUGUAAUAAAGCUUCAUUCAAAUCGCUGCCAUCCUGUGGGCCCUGAAUAAUAUGGCUGCUCUCAGCCAAUCAGCGACAAGCCCGCAAAGAUCAAAGGGGAGACGAGCCAACCACCUCUGCUCCAGACAGCCGUCCAGCCAUGGAGCCGCUCAUCCGAGUAUAUAUUCAGAAACUCAUCCUGGGAAACAAAACAGCUUGGGUCUUUAAAUAAUUCCUCAUAAAGUCGCAGUUAUUGUCAAAUCUGGAGCUGUUUGACCUGAUGGCGACUGGCGCUGGUGAGUGUCCCAGCAAGGCCGCUCAGUACCGGGUGGACCACCUCCUCAGUGCGGUGGAGAGUGAGCUGCAGGCCGGCAGCGAGAAGGGAGACCCCACCGAGAGGGACCUGAAAGUGUCCCUGGAUGAACGGGAGCUGUGGCAAAAAUUUAAGGACCUCACAAACGAGAUGAUAGUUACAAAGAACGGCAGGCGCAUGUUCCCGGUUCUGAAAGUCAACGUCUCAGGACUGGACCCAAACGCCAUGUAUUCCUUCUUGCUGGACUUUGUGUCGGCGGACAACCACAGGUGGAAGUACGUGAACGGGGAGUGGGUGCCGGGAGGUAAACCAGAGCCCCAGACCCCCAGCUGCGUGUACAUCCACCCAGACUCUCCAAACUUCGGGGCUCACUGGAUGAAGGCUCCGGUUUCCUUCAGCAAAGUCAAACUCACCAACAAGCUCAACGGCGGAGGUCAGAUUAUGUUAAAUUCUUUGCACAAAUACGAGCCACGUAUCCACAUCGUUAGGGUCGGAGGCCCACGCAGGAUGAUCACCAGCCACUCCUUCCUAGAGACGCAGUUCAUCGCAGUAACAGCAUACCAAAAUGAAGAGAUAACAGCUCUAAAAAUAAAGUACAACCCUUUUGCCAAGGCCUUUCUAGAUGCAAAGGAAAGGAAUGAUCACAAAGACAUGAGGGAAGAAGCUAAUGAGAAUCCCCAGUCUGGUUACUCCCAAUUGGGUAGCUGGUUUAUUCACGGCACGGGAACCCUUUGCCCCCCCACCAGUCCACACAGCCAGUUUGGGAGUCCCAUCGCCCUGUCGCCCUCCCAUGGCUGUGAGCGUUACUCCAGUCUGAGGAGCCACCGCUCUGUGCCCUACAGCAGCCCGUAUGCCCAUCGGACCAACUCCCCCACUGGAUAUUCAGAUAACUCAUCAUCCUGCUUGUCGAUGCUCCCCAGCCAUGAUAACUGGUCCAGUCUGCAGAUGCCGACCCACUCCAGCAUGAUGUCCAUGACCCACAACUCCGCCUCUGCAGCCAACUCAAGUCAAUACACCAGCCUGUGGUCUGUGAGUAACUCCCCGCUGACUCCAGUGUCCCAGAACGGUGGGUUAAGCAGCUGCCUCGGCUCCCAGUUCCUCCGAGGAUCGUCCAGUCACUAUCCCAGUCUGCCUCACUCCGCCACAGCGCCCCCCUCUGCCUCUCCAAUGUAUGACGGCAGCUCCGGCACAGAGGUGCAGGACGUUGUCCAGUAUGAAGCUUCACCCCACGGCCGGCUGCCCUCAGCUUGGACCCCCGUCACGCCUCCAUCCCUUUGAUUAGAGGGUCAUUGAGGAUUGAUUGAGACCUUCUCUUGAGUAACCUCUUGUUACUUUAAGAAGGAAUAAACUUUUUUAAACAAAUUGUGUGGAGUAUUUCACGGUGUUAUCAGAAGAACCAGCGGAGGUUUGACUCAGCCUCUAAACAAAUCUCAGUUUAUUACUAAAGAAUAAAAUGCUUUUUUUUUUUUUAAAUUAGUUAAUCUGUUUGAUCUGCUUAUAUUAAGCAUAACUGCACAAAAUUUAGAGCAGGGAAUCAUAAAUCAUGAAUUAGAAAUUAAGAAUAUUUAUGAUGUAUAUUGGAUAUCAUUUUAAGCUCUGUAAAUAAAUGUUUUCUUUGUUUUGUUUUGCUUUGUUUUUUUGUUGCCUUUUGAGAGAUGUGACUUAACAAAAGAAGUGUGUUCUAUUAUUUGUUGUUUUUCUUUCUUCUCCUCUUUACAUCAAAAUAGAUUUGUGUUUAAGAUGACUAAAAUGUCAUUCUGGCUUUCUAAUGUUUGAAUCUGUGGGUCAAUAAUAGGAAGAACUCAGAUUAAAUUUAAUGUAAUUUGUUUAUAAAUUAAUCCCAACCAACCAGGUAUAUGUUCUGCUUGUUCCCCACAAAUUGGGGUGUUUAUAUUAUUAUUAUUUUAAUAACAGGUCUUGAGGCACUCCAUAGCUUUACAUAUUAACUGUAUAGAUGCAAUAUAUAUAUACAUAUAUGUUAAAACUGUCAUUACAUAUCCUGACAAUAUAACAUGAGACAUAUCAGUGAUAAAAUCGGAGGCAAUCAAUCAGAACCAGGGGGCGGGUCUUAUGCUCCGCUCGGCCAAUCCCCUUUGCGCUCAGCUGGUUCUCCGCAUCAUUAGCCUGCCAUAAAUGCUAAUGCUAGCUAGCAUUGCUUUCGAUGACGACGGAUAAACAGUGUUUCUGACAUGGUAAGUUGUUUCUCCGCCAUUUGCUCACUGAACAACUCCUACUCCAGCAUAGACAGGACAAGUUUGAAUGGAAGAUAAAUGAAUAACAGAACAAUAAACUUGUCUCUUUGCUCAGAAAAACAAUAACUCACUUUUGGUUAACAAGCUAGAAAACAAAUUGAUGUUUAAUGUCUGCCAUCGGUUCCCAGACAUUUCAGAAAAAUAUAAGAAGUAAUUGUUUUACAAUUAUCGUCACCCUUAUCACUCCCAACACAAAUAACUUAAAUAUUUUAUAAAUCACACUUUAUUGGGUAAGAAAUGGCUGGAGGUGGAUUGUUGCUUCUUUUUUUUAACCACUAUGGAAGUAAAAAAAAUAUACGAGUGGGCAUAAAGAGCAUAUCUUUAAAACAAUAUGAUUGUCAACAGCAUAAAACUAAAAUGCAUCACUUAGCAAUAGACUAACAGCAGAUAAGGUUUAUAGCAUUUUGUUCAUUAAGUGGAGAUCCUGCAGUAAAACGGCAAUGAAGUAAAAAAAAAAAAAAAAGCUUAUUUGUCAUGUUCUUUUGGGAUUUCUUAGAUAAAUAGCAAAUAGGCACACAAGUCUGGGAAAAAUGUAUAAAGAAGUAACAACAAAAAACACCAAAGUGCUUAAAUUCACCAUGCAUAAAUUUCCAACAGACAGUGUGGUGGCAUAAAUCAUUAUAUGUGUAAUUUGAAUGUUUAUUACCCUCUUAUCUGAACAAACAAAAUGCUCUACAGUCUGUCUGGCCUGAAUGUAAUUGCUCACUGUUGUUUCCUGUUACAGCUUUUAACCACCAGCCAGUCAUUCAGAGAGCAAGAGGGAUGAUAAUGUUGG